UCUAAAGCCAGCAGUCAUGAAUAAGUCGAAUUGGAGUCAACCACAACGGUCCUCGAAGGCGCAGGACCCUGGAGGAGAGCCAUGGCGAGGCCCGCCCGAGGUCUCCUCGCUCUCUCCGCUCUUCUCCUUUUCUCCUCUAUUCCAUUCUCUCUCGCUUCCCCCAAGAAGCCAGCUUCAGCUGCGAGGAAAGAGGACAUUCCCUUCAUAAGGUGCCAGGUCUGCAAGAAGAUCGCUCACCAGAUCUACCAUCAGGUCGAGAAGAAGGCGGUCCAGAUCGCCCCUAAAAAGGUUUCGGAGUUUGAGAUCAUUGAGAUCGCGGAGAAUGUUUGUAAUUUGAAGAAGCAACAGGCGGAUUGGAUCCUUCAGAUCGAUAUUGUUGAGAAAGGAGAUAAACUGGAGCUUGUUGAGCAGGGAACUGAAGGGCAAUGCAAUUCAGAAUGUAAGACCAUCGAGCGUGCUUGUCAAGAGGUAAUAGGGUAUGCAGAUACUGAUAUUGCUGAGUUUUUCUUCAAAACCAGUCCUUCAGUUGAUUUGUUGGUGAAAUUUCUCUGCAAUGACCUUUCCAAAGCAUGUUCAGUCAAGCCACCACCUGUUCCCAAGGAUAGAAUUCCUGGAGAACCAUUUCUUCCAAAGCCAUCCAAAGAUGCUGAAAUGGAAAAGAUUUUGAGAUCCAUGGAGGGUAUGCCAGGAGCACCAAGCAUGAAAAUGUACUCUAGAGAAGAGUUGAUGAACAUGAACAAUUUUGGCGAUGUAGAAGCUGAUGAAGAGGAGGAGGACGAUGAUGAUGGCUUUCCUACAAAACUGGGCAAAGUUUUAAAAAAUACACAUCCUCCCGAGAAAGAUCUGAAAGAGAGGAUCCGACAAGGAAUUACAGAGACUGGGAAGCAUGUGAAGAGGCAUGUGAACUUGGUAUCACAAACAAUAAGGAAAUGGUGGCGGGGAAAGCAAAAGAUUUCUAAACCUCCAAGGACUGGCAAAAGUGAGCUAUGAGACGGGAUACCUUCGCCCCUGAAAGUCUUGUUCAUGACACUACCAUGCGGCAAUUUAUGUCCUCGAUUCUAGGAACAUGGCAAGAGCCUGUCAUCCGCUGAGUUUAAAUAUCUAUGGGCCUUCCAGAACCAUAGAUCAGAAGGGUUCUAUGACACUUUGUUUUUUAAGUAUCAAUCAGUUGUGAGGAAUGGACUAUUGUACUUGUUGAGAAGAAAUAGAGCUAUAGGCAUGAAAACAAUCUUGUAACUUUAGAAUUUUCCCAGUGAACUAGUGUUCUCGUUAGUUCAAAGGUGAUCAGUAGCUGCAAAAUUAUCCUGUUUGGAAUAAUAUUACUGGUGAAAACGACUGAUUUUACAUCCUAUAACAGAUGCGCAUUAACCU